AUGUUGUCAUGUAAGCACGAUAACAUCAUCAAAUCUUUACUCCUAGCCAUUCAGCUCCAGUUAUCUGUCUUACAUGCCAGUCAAAAACAAAUUAAGAUGGAUAUUAACAGCCUUGGAAAUGAAAUAAUGAUCAAAGGAUCUCCAAAGCAAAAUCUCUCUUUGUUUAUUAAUACUUCAAGUGAGUUUAUUUUCAAAUCUGUGAUCAACAUUCGUAAUGUCACUUUAGAACAUGUUUACCAAAUGAUGAGUCAACAUCUUGGAAUCAAGGUUACAGCAUCCAAAAAAGCAACACUCAGGACCUGUACGAAACUUGUAUGUAAUGAGUUAGCCACCCUUCCUUCUGUACAAGCUUUUGGCCCUCGUCCUAAUGCCAUCAAAAUUGGGCAUCCAUUGCAAGAGUCAGUCAUCUCUGGAAAGAUCAUCAAAGGAGGCAAUUGUAAGUAA